UGCUGGACGUUUUUGAGAGAUUAAAGGGGUAAAAAACUACAAUUCCCAGCACGACUUCCGUUGCCGGUCGGAAGUACAUUUCAAAAUCAGGACAUUUUGGUUUCAUGCGGAAGUGACACGUUCAUAAUGGCAACAGGAGCAGAUCAAGCUGUUGGUUUUGGACUUGUUGGUUUUAGUCUGUUGCUGUUUACGUAUUACACAGUUUGGGUCAUAGUCUUGCCUUUUGUAGACAGCGACCAUGUAAUCCACAGCUAUUUUCUUCCACGGGAAUAUUCGGUCAUACUUCCUGGAGUCGCAGCCUUAAUCCUCUUACUUUUUGUUGGUACCUUCAUAGGGGUGAUAACAUGGAAGAAUCGAAAACCAAAGAAAGUCGAUUAAGGCUCUUCGGGCAGUUGUGAUUCAUCUGGUCGCGAGGACGAACUGUGUUGAUCUCACUCACGCAUCAACAACACUUUCAAUUUCAUUUAUAGCAAAGCGCUACUGAGCAAGUAGCUGCAUAGUCUUCUGUUUCAGCUUUGUGCACUCAAUGGCCGUGACUGAAGACCACACCACCUGUGACACGUUUAGCUUUGGAGAAUUCUUUCCAUGGUCAGGGAGUUAAAAGCAAAUACUAUGUGAGAACAUGCUUUAGGCGACUAAGAGAUGGGACAGACAGGGGUAGGUAUGUAUAGGGUGUAUCUGGAAGACAUCUAAAUGGAAUAUGGUAUCUUUUUGUUUAGUUAUGCUUUAAGUUGAAGAGAUUCAGCUGUUCUUUUAGGUUGUAAAUAGAUGUAUUUAUAAACUGGACUGCUUGCUUCUAGCAGCAAAAUAAUUCAGGACAAAGAUCUAUGAAAAAUGGGAAAGAGUACUUUUUUGUAAUAUAAACAAUACCACAUUAAAAUGAAUAGAAAUGUG